UACAUAAUAUCCAUUGCAUGUAUUUAAAACUGAAAUUCGAACUAGUAAACAUUAACUCAAGUGCAAACUGGAGAAAUAUUUGAAACUAAUGAAUUAAAAGAACAAGUUCAUAAACUGAAAUAAUAAACAUGAUUUUAAGAAAGAAAUCAAACAUAGAACAAUACAGUCUACGGAUAGAAAUAGAAAGGUUGGUAAAAGAUAAACCGAAAUUUAUUGUUGUUGAAAUCUGCUACUUUUCCUGGUCGAGGGUUUCUUCUCUAUGGUACCAGCUUUGUUUUCCCCCCUCCGGCCAGCUGCUCUCACUCGGUGGACGAUGGAUCUACAAUUUCUUUCUUCUUGCCGCUGAAAGUUCUUUGCCGCUACUCGCAACUGCGGCUCUUUUUCUUCUGUUUCGGGCAAGGGCUGCUAAGCCUCUCUCCCCGCUGGUGACCUGACCUCCCUUUUUUAUUCUUGCCGCUGAGUGAUUGAAACAAGUAGCUGGUUGCGAAUCCCAUCUCCUUGCAGCUGGAGUGACUGCAGCUUCCUUUUGUUUGUUUCCUUUUGACUUGGCCGCAGCCAUGUGCUGCUGCUACUACCAGCUUUCCCAGUAGAUGGCUUUUGUUGUUUUUGCUGCCGACUUACCCUGUUUUCUUUUUUUUCCUGCGGCUGACAAGCUAGAUCAGAUGCAAAUCCCCUCUCCUUUGUUUUGUUGGCUCCUUCUACUCCACUCAUCAUUUUUUUUUCUUUUGUUUGCAAUUUGUUUGUUCACGCAGCCUUGCUGCAAGUUUUUGGUUU